AUGGAGAGGAAAGGAUGUCGGCUGUUUCGAAGUGACACUGCGUACCUUUUGUACCUUCAUCAACAGAAGAAUCAACCCAAUAAAGAAGAACUCGAGAAAAAGACAGAGAAGGAAAGGAGGAUUCAGACUUAUGAGGAGGAUUGUCAUCAAAAUGGAGUUUCCUGUCUUUCUCGAUUUAGUCGCCAGAUUGGAACUUCCGACAUUGAUAUGUCUAAUGCAUGCCUUAACAGUCUGGAGCUUUUAACUAUACUCAACACAGUCAAGUCUGACCACAAAGUGGGACAUCUGGAUCUAUCUGGAUCAACAAUGUGUGUCAAGUCCUACAAACAUCUCUGCAAAUUCCUGAGAAAUAACCGCUCUUUAUCAAUCCUGAAGCUCCGAAAUUGUUUCAUUCAAGGAGAAAUCUUACACGCUUUAACAGCAAGUCUACAGACGUCCAAAGUUGAGUUCCUGGAUUUAGGAAAUAAUGGCGUAAAUGAUAGCGAUUGUGAAACGUUGUCCAAAUUACUGACCACGAAAACAUUAAAAGAACUUUAUUUAAGCCACAACAGACUAGAAACAAGAAAUUUAAGACACGUAGGAAUUUCUUUAGCGAAGAGUCGACUGGAAAUGCUGGAUCUGUCAUGGAAUCGUAUCCGCUUUACAGGAGCCAUAGAAAUAGCCAGAGGAAUCUCGCGAAACACAAACUUGCGAAGGCUGAAUUUAUCAUGGAAUGGUUUUGGGUUUGAAGGAUGUGUUGCACUUUCGGAAAUGUUAGAAGCAAACAAUGUACUGACAGAGCUUGACCUUACAAACAACAGGAUUCAUCCGCCAGCACUUAUAGCACUCAUCCGCGGAAUAACAAGAAAUAGUGCCCUAAAAGUACUGAACUUGAGCAUGAAUCCAAUUCCUGUAUCUUACACGUGCUUCCUUCUGGGCAGUGUCUUAAAGAAUUCGUCUAUCCAGGAACUGAUAUUAAAGAGAAUAGUUGUAAAUGAUGAUUUUUUGGACAUUGUAAGAAGCGUCCAGAAGACAAGGCAUGUCCACGUGGAGUACGAAAGGUGUCUCUCCGUUCCCUCUUUAGAUCAGCAAACAAUGUCUGAAGAGGUCAGAGCGCCCUGGCUGUUUAACCUUGACCCACUAAACCUUCUGUUCAUGUUAAAGGAAAAAAACAGAGCCCAAGACUUCUUCAACAAGAUUAAUAGGGACGGGGAUGAUGUUUUGUCUUAUCAGGAAUUCAGAGAGCUCUUCAAGAAAGCCGGUAUUCCAGUAUCCCAGCUAGUUCUGGAUAAAAUAAUAGACUUCCUGGAUAAAAACAAAGAUGGAAAUAUUGAUUUAAGUGAGUUUUUGGACGGAGAUAAAAGAAUAAAGAAAAUUACUAGAGGACAGGCAAAAGAAACUGCCAGAAGAGAAAGCUACACUAAAUAUUCUCGCUCCUUUAGAAAAGCAAGGAUUGAUUCACAAACAUAUCGUCUUGAUAUUGAAAACAGCCAAUAA